AUGUUGGUCGUCGUCGCUUGCGUCUCGCUCUUGUCUUUGCUCCUCCUCUUCCGCGCUCUGUCGCCCGGCCGAGCCGGCAAGUCCGGGUGCGCGAUUCCCAAAGGCCCAAGGGGCUUCCCCGUAGUCGGCUGCCGCGCGGGAUGCUUCCCCUUCCUGACGCGCUAUCCGGAGCUCACGCUCGACAGAUGGGCCAGGCGGUUCGGGGCCCUGUACUCGGUCUGGCUGGGCCGGCAGCUCGUCGUGGUGAUUUCCAGCCCGGACGUGGCCAAAGACCUCUUGGUGACCCGGGGGGCCGUCUGCUCCUCCCGCAAGGACAUGUACAUCAAGAGCCGGUGCGUUUUUGCCGGCCGGGGCGUCACUGCGACCCCGUACAACGACAUGUGGCGGAAGCAUCGGCGCAUCGCAAACGCCUGGCUGCACCAGAAAGCCGUCGACAGGUUCAGCUCCGUCUUCGACAAAGAGGCCACCGACAUGGUCCGCUGCCUGCUGGAAGCAAGCCGCGACGGUUCCGCGCUGGUCAACCCUCAGCCGUUCGCCGGCCGGUGCUCGCUGAACAACAUGUUGACCGUUGUGUUUGGGAUCAGGACGGCCUCGGUGCAGGACCCCCUCGUGUCCACGGCCCUGCGACUCGGGCGCGAGUUCAUGAAUGUUACCGGCCCGGUGUCCAAUCUGAUCGACUUCCUGCCCCUGCUGGAAUGGUUCCCGUCCAGGCUUCGCUCGCGUGGUCAGAAGCUGCACAGGGACUUGGUCGAGACGUUUGGGGGCAUGAUUGAAGACAUUCGUCAGCGCUCGAUGCGCGGGCAGCCCGUUCCGGACUGUCUCGCGGCGACUCUUCUCGCCAUCCGCCAGGAAGAGGAGCUGGAUGAUCUGGACAUGGCCAUGAUGGCCUCGGCUUUCUUGAUUGGAGGCGUAGAGACUACUGCGUCCAUCAUGCAGUGGUUUCAGGCUCUGAUCCCGUCAUACCCGGACAUUCAGCGUCGCGCGCAAGACGAGCUGGACCGCGUUGUCGGGCAGCACCGCCUCCCCGGCGUCGAGGACGAAAAGAACCUCCCGUACUGCCGGGCCAUCAUCAAGGAAGUCGAGCGGUGCUACAAUCCGUUCUGGCUGGGCACGCCGCACGCCGCGUCCGAGGAUUUCGUCUACAACCGCCACUUCAUACCCAAGGACACCGUCCUCCUCCUCAACACGUGGACCAUGCACCACGACGAGACCCGGUUCCGCGAGCCGCAAAAGUUCAACCCCAGUCACUUCGUCGACGACACCCUCUCGUCCGCGCAGAGCUCCAACCUGGCCGAUGCCGGGCGGCGCGACCACUGGAUGUUUGGCGCCGGGCGGCGCAUCUGCCCUGCCAUUUGCGUCGCCGAGCGCGAGAUCUGGCUGGCCCUCUCGCGCCUGCUGUGGUCCUUCACCAUGGAGGCGGCGCCAGGCCACGCCAUCGAUUUGAAGCAGUACGACGGCCUGUCGGGCCGGUCCCCCGUGCCCUUCAAGAUUCGCUUGCGGCCGCGACACGACAACGUGGUUGGGGUGGUCGAGGCGGCGGCUGCGGCUGCGGCGGCGCUUUGA